UUAAUCUUUCCAGAACCAGAGGUCCAGAGCAAAGAAGAAUGACGAUAACCGGCGCCGGAGAAUCAGUCACCGGGAACUCCGUAAACUAUGAUCGUUUUCAAGAGUUAAAGUCCUUCGAUGAAUCCAAGGCCGGUGUCAAAGGCCUUGUGGAUGCUGGUAUUACCAAAAUCCCAAGAAUUUUCGUCCGACCGCCGGAAGAUCUGGCCGGCGAUCCAACCAAUACCCAAAUCACAAUUCCGAUCAUCGACCUUAGUGACAUCGUCAGCAGGCGUACUGAUAAAGUUGCCGGUGUCCGUCGGGCCGCCGAGGAGGUGGGGUUCUUUCAGGUGGUGAACCAUGGAAUAGCUGAAAGGGUGUUGGAGGACAUGCUGGAGGCGGCGCGUGGGUUCCACGAGCUGCCAAAGGAGGUGAAAACUGAUUAUUAUACUCGUGAGUUGAUGAGGAAGGUGAAGUAUGGUAGUAACUUCGAUUUGUACAAGUCGAGGUUCGCUAAUUGGAGGGAUACUUUAUUUUGUGUUAUGGGUCCUGAGCCUCUUGACCCUCAAGAAUUGCCUCUGGUCUGCAGAGACAUAAUUAUCGAGUAUUCUAAGCAAGUCCAUAAGUUGGGGAUCACUUUGUUUGAAUUGCUAUCUGAAGCACUUGGGCUCAAACCUGACCACCUUAUAGACCUGGAGUGUGCAAAGGGGCUUCAACUUCUCAGCCACUACUAUCCAGCAUGCCCUGAGCCCCAACUGACAUUGGGCACCACCAAACACUCAGAUCCUGAUUUUCUCACCAUCUUACUUCAAGACCAUAUUGCUGGACUUCAAGUUCUUCAUCAAAACCAUUACAUUGAUGUUCCUCCUGUUCCUGGAGCUCUAGUUGUAAACAUUGGAGAUCUCUUACAGCUCAUAUCUAAUGACAGAUUUAAAAGUGUAGAGCACCGGGUGCUAGCAAACCACCUUGGACCAAGAGUAUCUGUUGCAUGCUUUUUCACUCCUCAUCUUCACCCAUCAACAAUGAUUUAUGGCCCCAUCAAGGAAUUGCUGUCAGAAGAUAGUCCCCCUGUAUACAGGGAAACCUCGGUGCGAGAUUUCAUUGCUUACUAUGAUUGGAAAGGACUUGACGGGAACUCUGCCCUAACACAUUUCAAGUUGCAAAGGUAACCAAGGAAAUAAGGGGAUUUGAAUUAUAAGCUAUGGCUCUUAAUACUGUAUUUUAUAAGAACUGAAGUGACAAAAACUUCAUGUUAAAUAUACUUUUAUUUACUUUAUUUAUGUACAACAGAAAAAUAAUUUGCUUAUGAUAGAAGAUGCCCAUGUUUCACUU